AUGGGGCGAGCGGGCCGCGGCCGUGGGCGACCAGCGGGGCGAGGAGGGGCGGCGGGCCCCGAGCCCAGGGCCCCGGGGGCCCGCGGGGCCCCGACACCUCCGCCCAGCCGAGAGGAGAAGGAGAAGAGGAGGAAGAAGAGAGUGAACUCCAAACCCAGGAAUCCCGACGAGCAGGAGAUCCCCUUCCGGUUGCGGGAGAUCAUGAAGAGCCGCGAGGAGAUGAAGAAACCCAGCAGCAAGAAGAGGAGGAAAGUGGCCCGCGAGGCCUUGAAGCACAAAUUGGAGGUGGAGGAGCGAGGCCCCGCGCCCGACAUCCCCGUGCCCAAGUUCAAGCAGCAGAAGGGCGAGUCGGUGAGGGAGUACGUCAAACGCAUGGAGCGGGAGACCAAGCACGUGCUGUUCCUCACCGAGAACCAGCUGGACCGCCAGCCCGAGAAGGAAGACCCGGCCGCCGGGGCCGAGAGCAACAAGCCCCAGCGGAAGAGAGAGUUUCAGAGACGGCGGCUGGAGAAGGCACGACGGCGGAAGGAAGAGAAGGCCGAGGUCAAGAGAGAAAAGGAAAUGUUCCAAGAUCGGGUGAAGUUUGGCGAGGUGGCCAUGCAGCCCCCGGACCUGACGGCCAAGCCCAGAAAGAGCGUCAGCCGCGACAAGCCCGGCCAGAAACAGCUCCUGCUGAAGACCCUCCUGGCCCCCGGCGGCGACCCCCGGCCGCCCCCCGUCUCCCUGGCCCGCCGGCGGAUCGUGGAGGAAGAGCGAGAGCGGGUUGUGCAGGCCUACCGGCGGCUCAAGAAACUCAGACAGGCGCAGCGGCAGGUACAGCCGCCCCCGGGGAGACGGAAAGAACCGCUGUGAAGCGGGAGGCGGGCCGGAGGACGGGCAUGUUGGACUUCGGCCCGGCAUUCCUCGGAAAUUUGGGCUCCGGACCGGCAGCGGGGACAGGGAGACGGGCCUCCCCCUCUCUCCCGGCUCUGGGGCUUCGGGAGCGGUUCCUUCAUUUUUCCCUCGGCGUCUGGGGCCUCAGAGGGCUCAGAGCGGAGGUGUUGAGGGUGGCAUCUCUGGGAAUAAAAGCUCCGGGCCGCUGCCCGGCUUCUUCCCACGGACAUGGACGGGCGGAAGCCCGAUUCCCAGAAUCCCACAGGGAUCCCGGUGGCCCCGACAUGGCUGCCAGGAGAGCGGCUGUCCGCCCCGGGUCGAACUUCGGUGCCAGACUACGCGGCUCGGGUGAUGGGCGUGAUGGGUGGGGGCAACUGAAACUCCAAACCUGAGCAAUAAAACCCGUCCGUGACCCGUC